AUGUUUGAGCUAUCCAAACGUUAUUUUCAUUUACCUCUUGAAGAAAAACUGAAACACCAAAUACAAGAAAAAAACCAUGGUUACGUGCGUGCGGGACAAGAAAAUUUAGAUUCAACUGAUCAAAAGUCGAUGGAUUUAAAAGAAGCAUUUAAUAUUUCCAGACUUACCAAUGAAGAAGAUUUGCCUGCAUUAUUUCAGGAGAAUGGAAAUUUUAGAUUAGUUAACCAAUUUCAAUUUGAUUGUUAUUCAUUAUGUAUGAAAUUAUUGAAAUAUUUAGCUAUUGGUUUCGAGAUAGAUGAAGAUUAUUUCCUGUCAAGGCACAAAUGGGACGAAGAUUCAAGCGAUAUAAUAAGAUUACUUUAUUAUCCAUCGUCAUCGAGUUUAACGACAGAAAAAUCGAUUCGAGCCGGUGCACAUUCAGAUUACGGAUCAAUAACAUUGUUGUUCCAACAUGAAGAGAAAGGAGGACUACAAGUUUUUGACCGUGUAACGAAACAGUGGUGCGAUGUCAAACCAUAUAAUGAAAUGAUUGUAGUAAAUACUGCAGAUGCCUUAGAAUAUUGGACAAAAGGUUUUGUUAAAAGCACCGUACAUCGUGUUAUUAUGCCUGAUCAAUUGUCACCAGAUGAACGCUACUCAAUUGCCUACUUUUGCCAACCAAGUAAUACAGUUUUAUUAGAACCAAUCCCAUCAAAAUAUAUGAUCAAUCGUGUUUUCGAAAAAGAUGAACAUGCCAAACAUGUUCUAAAUCAUGAAAGCGAUAAAAUUCUAACAGCUGGUGAACAUUUAAGAUUGAGAUUAAAUAAAACAUACGCUUAUUGA